CUUUUGGCAAUCUAUCUUUGUUCGAUCGAAUGCCUCCUCACGAAGUACUGGGGAACUAUUCAAUCGAUUCUGUUGAUCAGAAUGGUUUAACUGUUGACAUUCCCUCUCCACCUCCUACACCCUUGAAAAGUCAAACCCAUGGCGACAAAACAAUAUACUCUCGACAAGAACUGAUAUAUUACGCAAAGUGCUUUACCACAACAACCAAUCAAGAAAGAAACUCACCUGUCAGCAUUGUUCUCUCCAUUCCAAGUGUAUUGAUUCGAUAUGGGAUUCUAUUACCUAUACGAUUGACCACUUUGACUGUAUCUACUGUGGCCUUUUUUACAUCGCUACCUGUGGCCUUGGCAUUAGAAAGCAAGUCCAUGGUGUCAAGUCUUGUCAAGUAUUAUUGUAAAGGGAUUUUGUUCUCCUUGGGCGUAUUACCUAGUUACGAAGGUCAAAAACCAUUCCUGAAGGAACCUCAUGUUUUUGUGGCCAAUCAUACAUCUUAUUUGGAUUAUAUUGUACUCAGUGCACACAAAUACCCAUGUGCUGUUGUAAUGGCGAAACAUCAAGGUGCUUUGGGCUUUUUACAGAACAAUGGAUUGAAUUAUCUGAAUUCGAUGACAUUCAAUCGAAGUGAUCCUGAAGAACGAAAAACCUUGUCAAAAAAAUUGAAAAACCAUGUGAUGAGUCCAAUGACUUGGCCCAAUCCAAUGAUUAUUUUUCCUGAAGGUACAUGUGUCAACAACCAAUAUACAAUUCGAUUCCAAAAGGGUGCAUUUGAAUUGGGAGUCAAGGUUUGUCCAGUGGGAAUUCGUUACGACAAUUACUAUGGGACGCCAUAUUGGGAUACCAGGAAAGGGUUUUUAUACUAUGCCUUUUAUCGGAUGACAAGAUGGAUGACGCCAAUCAAGGUGGUGUACAGUUCUCCACAGACUUCUGAACAACAAGAAGAUUCCGCCCAGUUUGGCCUUCGUGUAAAAGACAUCAUCACUAACUCUAUUGGUUUACAUAGCGAAGAUUUCAACGGCAUGGCAAAGAAGGACUUGCUCAAGGUUGUUCAGUUAUGAUUAUUAGAAUAGAAUUAUUUUAUAGAAUUAUAUAUAUAGAUAGAUAUAUAUAUGUUAUCAUUAUUAUUUGUAUGUACAUAGAUUUUUUUUUUAUCAUCAUUACAGUUAGCCUUCAUUUUUAUUUUGUAUUUAUUCAUUAUUCC